AGGAUAGUCUCAUUCAUCGGUAAGUUUGUGUCACACUCGAGCAGGUACCUGUUACAUUCCGAGUAUGUGUUCAUCAAUCACAAAAAAGAUUGGUCGAUCGAAAUUCCCCGACAUGUGCAUUUUACACACGCUGGAUUCUCAGUAGCGUCUCAUGAAAAUGCAACGCAGUUAAUUUUGUAGUUAGGGUUAUGCAGUUAAUGGAUGUGGGAAGUCAACGAGUAUUCUUAGGCAAGAAAGGGAAGAGAAGGACCAAGUCAACUCAGACAACCUCAAUCCUCCAAAAUUCUCAUGAAAGGCAGGAUGCCACAUGUUACAUCGGGAGCAACCAAUGGAGAUUCUCAGCUUUCUUGAACGGCUCUCGUAUGUUCUAUAGUCCCAAAAAUAACCGCAACCCCUCUUUUGUGUAGCACUCAAACCUCUGACCCCAAAGAUUAAGGAAGGCUCAUAUGAUGCCCCAAUCUGCUGGUGGGUUGAUUUUUGCUGUUUGCCACCUCCCCAUCCUCCUUCACAAGGAAAACUUCAGAAAAAAAUCAUCUUCAGACAUUGAAGAGGAGGAUGAAUCUCUUGAUCAUUAGCGUCUAGGGUUCCUUCGUGUCCUUGUACCUAAGACAAGACGGGAAAAAGAUAAUUAGAAGUCAUCCAAAGGGGAGAUCAAGAGGGAAAAGAAGCAAAGUUGAGGCAAGAUGAAUGACCUGUUCUCCGGCUCGUUCAAGAAAUACACGGACCUCAAGCAACAGAACUACCUCGACGACAUGGAGGCGGGGAAGGAGACGGUGAACCUUGACAAGUUCUUCGAGGACGUCGAGAAUGUCAAGGAGGACAUGAACCAGGUCGAGAAGCUGUACAAGAGGUUGCAAGAGGCCAACGAGGAAUGCAAAACCGUCCACAACGCGAACACGAUGAAGGAGCUCCGGUCCCGGAUGGACGCCGAUGUCGGACUGGUCCUCAAGCGGGCCAAAAUCAUCAAGGGCAAGCUCGAGGCCCUCGAGCGGUCCAAUGUGGCCCACCGGAACAUACCUGGGUGUGGUCCCGGCACGUCGGCGGACCGGACUAGGACGGCGGUUGUCGGGGGGCUAGGGAAGAAGCUCAAGGACUUGAUGGAUGACUUCCAAAGCUUGAGGUCGAAAAUGAAUGAGGAGUACAAGGAGACGGUGGAGCGGAGAUACUUCACGAUCACGGGGCAAAAGGCGGACGAGGAGACGAUCGAGAACUUGAUCUCGAGCGGCGAGAGCGAGAGCUUCCUGCAGAAGGCGAUCCAAGAACAAGGGCGAGGCCAGAUUCUAGACACGAUAUCAGAGAUCCAAGAGAGGCACGACGCCGUGAAGGAGAUCGAGAAGAACUUGCUCGAGCUGCACCAGGUGUUCUUGGACAUGGCCGCGCUCGUGGAGGCCCAGGGCCACCAGCUCAACGACAUCGAGUCGCACGUCACCCACGCCAACUCGUUCGUGCGGCGAGGCACCGGCCAUCUCCAAGAGGCGAGGGAGUACCAGAAGAGCUCGCGGAAGUGGACGUGCUACGCGAUAAUCCUCGUCAUCAUCAUCGUCGUCGUGCUCCUACUACCGCUCUUAAGGUCAUUCAUGCCAUUCUAGAGGGAAACAAAAGCAAAGUGGGAAAAUCAAAGGCAAAAUCCAGUUCUCAGGCUUGAGAACUGAAUUUUCCAAGAAAUUUUUGAAGCCCAUUGCGUUACAAUGAUUUGAAGGGAAAGCUCUUUUCCUCAGAUAUAGAAGUGAACGUGAUAGUACAGAGAUUCAUUUUUCAUCUGGUG